AUGGAUUUCAACAGCUCUUCGCCCUACCCCGAGGGUGUCAUCUCCUUUCUCGACACGGAUUUGUACAAGCUGACUAUGCAAUGUGCCGUCCUAAAAUACUACAAGAAUGUUCCCGUCACCUACGCAUUCACCAACCGGACACCGGAAAAGAAGCUCUCUCGCAAAGCCUUCCGCUGGCUGGAAGACCAAGUCAGGAAGCUUGGAAAUAUCUCUCUCUCCGCCGAGGAGUUGUAUUACCUAAAGGAGCACUGCCCCUACCUGUCGCCCGCCUACCUGGAGUUCCUGUCCGAGUUCCGCCUCCGCCCGAGAGAACAAGUCGUGCUCAGCUUUCUGCCGACGGGAGACGACACCGGCGCCGAGACCGACAUUGGAGAUCUGGAUAUCAAGGUCAGCGGCAUUUGGGCCGAGGCUAUCUUGUACGAGAUCCCGCUUCUCUCUUUGACCUCGGAGGCGUACUUCAAGUUCAUGGAACCGGACUGGACGUACGAGGGCCAGGAAGAGCUAGCGUUUGAGAAAGGGAUGCGUCUGUUGGAGGCCGGUUGCGUUUUCUCGGAAUUCGGCACCCGCCGGAGGCGAGACUAUCAUACCCAAGCGUUGGUGUUCAGGGGCCUCACCAGGGCCGGCAGGGAGGCCGAGAAGCGCGGCUUGCCUGGGAAGCUCUCGGGAACGAGCAACGUCCACCUGGCCAUGCGCUUCAAUAUCCCUCCCGUCGGCACGGUUGCGCACGAGUGGUUCAUGGGCACCGCAGCUAUCGUUGGAGAUUACCGCAAGGCUACCGAAGAAGCCCUGUGCCACUGGGUCGGCUGCUUCGGAGAGGGGGUGCUCGGCAUCGCCUUGACCGACACCUUUGGGACGCCCGACUUCCUGACCGCGUUCAGCAAGCCGAUCGAAUACUUGGAGCCGCCCUCGCCAAUCACCGCGCGAAAGCCGAGCGUUGCCGACUCCUUUAUCUCGACGAGCCCCUCGGUGGCGUCCCACCACAAGUCCAACAAGACAUACGCCGAAGUCUUCACCGGCGUCAGGCAAGACUCGGGCGAUCCCAAGACUUUCGUCGAAACCAUUAGGAAGUUCUAUCGGGAACAAGGGAUCCACGACAAGAAAGUCAUUGUCUUCUCCGACUCGCUGAACAUUGACCGAUGCCUGGAGUACAAGGGGGUGUCGGAGGAAGCUGGCUUCCAACCGACGUUUGGUGUUGGCACGUUUUUGACAAACGACUUUGUCAACACCAAAACCGGCAAGAAGUCAACCCCCCUGAACAUUGUCAUCAAACUUAGCUCUGCGGACGGCAACCCCGCGAUAAAGAUCAGCGACAACAUUGGAAAGAAUACCGGCGACAAGGCGACGGUCGAGAAGGUCAAGCGCGAACUGGGCUAUGUCGAGAAGGCCUGGGAGGGCGGCGAUGAGACGGCGAGGUGGGGUCGCGAAGAGGACGCACUCAAGCAGUGA